AUGUUUUAUUUUAUAUUUUUACUAUUCUUAAACAUUGUCUGUAACUAUGAUGUAAAUCCUUUGGAAAAUGAACAUAUUGAACCGUUGUUUGAAAAAUUGAUUGAGUAUGUGAAUCAGAAUCCAGGCUUUGGAUGGAAAGCAGGAAUUAAUAGUCGUUUCAGGAAUUUAAAAGAUACUCAAAAAUUGUUUAGAAAUAACAUUCAAAUUAAGGAGUCAGGUGGAAAACAAAUUCAAACAAUUUCCCAUAGAAAUGUGAAUAUGGUUAUACCUCAUUCAUUUGAUGCAAGAGACCAUUGGGUAAACUGUUCAACUAUCAAACACAUUCAUGAUGAAUGUUGCUGUAGAGCAGAUUGGGCAUUCGCAACGGUCGACUCAAUUAGUGACAGAAUUUGUAUUCAUUCAAAUGGUAGAGUUUCUGUCCAACUAAGUGCUCGUGAUGUUAUAAGCUGUGGUUUUAGCCCAGGGUGUUCUCAUGGAAAUGAAAUAGAAGUUUUAGUGUACUGGAUUGUAAAUGGUAUUGUUACCGGUGGGUCAUAUGAAGAUCAAAGUGGCUGCCAACCUUAUCCUUUUUCAAGAUAUCCUGAGUGUAAAGACGUGAAUUAUGAGUUCCCACCAUGUACGAGCGAAUGUCAAGAUGGUUAUAAUAAGACAUACGAAGACGAUAAGUUUUAUGGUGAAAAAAUUUACAAUGUUUAUGAUAAUCAAGAGGAUAUUCAAAAGGAAAUUUUAAUGAAUGGUCCAGUAAUAGCAAGUAUUUUUGUGAAAACAGAUUUUUUGGUUUAUAAAUCAGGAGUUUAUUUACCAACACCUAGAUCAAGUAAUUUAGGUUGGAUAAAUUUACGAAUAAUUGGUUGGGGUUAUAAAGGAAGAACACCUUAUUGGCUAUGUGCAAAUUCAUGGAGUAAAGAAUGGGGUGAAAAUGGAUAUGUAAAAGUUCAACGUGGAGUACAAGCAGGUUAUAUUGAAUCAUAUGUUAGAGCACCAAUUCCAAAAAUAUAGACAUGAAAUUCCAUAUGUAAAU